AUGGCGACUUACUCUCCUCAUCGUGAGGAUCGAGAAGCUGUUCACCAUCACUCACCCAAAGCCAUCUCACACUUUGAUGCUAUCCGAGAAAUCCGACGUUCCUUGUCUCGCUCGCCCUCCAAAACAUCGGACUUUCGUCAGUAUCCGUUUCGGUCACCAGGAGCGAGCAAUCUUCCCUUCUCUCCUUCACCGCUUUCACCAUCACGGAAGUCUACAUCAGAGACCUUGUCACAGAUGGCCAGUAUAAUAUCUCCGCACUCUAGUCGAAAUUCCCAAACUCCCCGAUUUCAAAGACCGAUUCUCCGGCGCACUACCCAAACGCAUGGACUGAACCGUAUUCGAACGUCUCCCAAGAGCCCUUCCAAACGGGUCCUAGCAGAUUCAAGCGACGGUGGAAACUCUUCUCCUCUGCCAUUACGAAAGCGAAGCUCGACGGAAGCAGAGCGUGAGCUUGCCUUAAAAUGCUUGACAGGUGAAGCGAACGAAAAUGAUUCACGUCCACCGGAAGAGCCACUCACCUGGAAGACUGCACAAACACGGCAGGAGAAGCGUCGAAGUGGAGGUACUCUCAUGUCUACAAUUGCUCCUCUCAGUCCGAUGAAGCGGACAGAAGGGCCUCAAUCGGAUGAAAGUCAAUCAUUCGAAAAUUCAGCAAAGAGACGAAGCCUUCAUGGUCCUGGACUCGACUUCAGUAUUUUUGAAUCAGAUGACUUAGACGGAGGCAUGUUCAUAGACAAGCGCUCCCAAGAUGACAACGACUUCUUUGGUGGCAACAACUCCCUGUCCUCGACUCGAUUUUCAACCAUUCCCAAGCGCUCAUCGUCUUUGCGUAAAUCAACAUUACAGCAACGGCAGCUUGACCGGCCCAGCAAUCUGAAAUUCAACCAUGUCAUGGACUUGGACAAGUCCUGGCUUGAGUCGUCCACACCACCAACGAGCAGUAAGAGAGGGUUCAGGAUGUCCUUGGACAAUCACCUCGAACCGAUGCGCCGUGAAAGCCCGUUUUCAAGCCAAGGGAGUUUGCCCAACGCCUCAAUACAUCCGGCAACAUCCAUCCAGAACAGCCAACAACUAUCCCGCCAUCCUCUGUCGCGUACUUUGACCCAAUCAUCUUCAUUCACAGGUGAUGAAGACGACUCUCCCACCCACGAGCCUGUUCAUCGACCAAACAGGCCAAGAUCGCAUGAUUUUUCGAAGUCAUUGCCAAUUGGAGCCUCAAGACCAGUGCCAUCCCCAGAAAAUCAUGAAUUUCCCACUCAAAAUUCAUUCGCAACUCCAGGAAACUACAAAGCAGCGAAGCCACUACCUGCAGCCUUCAUGUCAACAGGUUUGAUCUCGAAGAGAAAUAGAAAUGUUGAAGAUCCCAAUGCUGGCCUACCGAAAGCUCACAUGCCUGAUACGCCAUGCAAAAAACAGUCUGUGUUAUUUCAAGCCGAUGAAAAGUUCGCCGCCCCAAGACCUGCCGUUCACAGAGCAACACGACCUUCUUUUGGACAACCCUCUACUCCGUUGGAACCACAUCACACUCAACCCAAAAUCUCAGCAUUUCCUUUUGCUCGGAGCGCCGGCAUAUUUGGCACCCGCUCUAGCAAGCACAAUCUGCUCAGAAAAGGAAGCUUUGCAUCUAUUGAAAGUGACGAAAAGACAGAAUCUCGAUCGCCCUUGACUCGGGCCAAUAGCCAGUCAACUGACUCAGAUUAUCCCCCGACACCAACGAAGCACCUCCCUGACGGGCAGAGUCGCAACUCCAUCUCGCCCUCGCCUCACCAUAGUGGAGGGUUGACAACAACUCACAACGCACCCUCCUCCGGGUUUGGAGCCCGUUUGACCAACAGUAAGUUGUCUCCUAUUUUAGCAUCACCUAAAGGCGUCGAUAGGGACAGUGAUAGUAUGAUGGAGUAUUCUCCACCCGCCAACCUGAGACCUACAUCGGUGCCUAAGGUUAUUCCUAUGUCAGACUCUUAUACUCGCGCCCGAAUGUCCAAGAACCUCAGUUUCCCAGCUGCUCUCCCGAGGAAGGAUCCACCCAUCUCGAAUUUAAACUCUCCUGCGUUAGAUCGUGCUAAGAUGAUUUCUCUGUCUCUAGUCAGCCCACGUACUACGCCACAUACGCCCCUGGAAGGCUUCUUCCCCCCAGAUCCGAGCGGACUAACCAUCUCUGGUCGUGCUGAACGUCCUCGGAACCCAGGCAACACAGGUAAAGGCUCGAUUGUACCAGCAACUCCCACUGGACCGCGAGAAUACUUCUCGAAUUUCUCCAACCGUCCAAGCCUAAAUCUUACGGCUGUAGACGGUUCGAAUUUGGACAUCAGCUUGACUUCAAGAUUUGAGAAGGUGGAUUUGAUUGGUUCUGGAGAGUUUUCACAAGUAUUCCGUGUUUCACAACCACCCGAGGCAUCACCAUUCCACAAAAUUUAUUCGGUGUCUACAAGUCGUCCCUCACAAGGAUCAAUACCCGAGAAGGUCUGGGCAGUCAAGAAGUCAAGAUACCCGUACACUGGAGCCAAAGACCGCCAGCGAAAGAUUCAAGAAGUGGACGUGCUCAAGGCGCUAGGUCAUUCAGAUCAUAUCGUGACUUUUGUCGAUAGUUGGGAAGAACAGGGUCACCUCUACAUUCAAACAGAAUUUUGUGAAGAAGGUACACUUGAUGUUUUCCUCGCUCAAAUGGGGCUAAAAGCCAGGCUUGAUGAUUUCCGUAUCUGGAAAAUUCUACUCGAGCUAUCAGUGGGGUUGAAGCACAUUCAUGAGAGCGGCUUUAUCCAUCUCGACCUCAAACCUGCAAACAUUCUUAUCACAUUCGAGGGAGUUCUCAGGAUCGCCGACUUCGGAAUGGCAAGUCGAUGGCCUGCAAAGGCUGGUAUCGAGGCAGAAGGUGAUCGAGAAUACAUCGGACCUGAAAUACUGAUGGGACGAUACGAUAAGCCAGCCGAUAUCUUUGCGCUUGGUCUGAUCAUGCUGGAGACUGCUGGCAAUGUCGAGUUGCCUGAUAACGGCGUCUCAUGGCAAAAAUUGCGAAAUGGAGAUAUGAGUGAUGUUCCUAGCCUCACCUGGAGUUCCGGGACUAGCGGGAUAGAGCGGGAUUCGACCGGAAACCCUCUUUCUCGAGAGAAUUCGUUCCUUGACCAAUCUCAAUCAUGUCGAACGGGUGUGGAGGUUACCAUCCGGGAAGACAACGAGAUGCUGACAGGCCAAGUCUCGUCGAAAAAUGUGUAUCACCCUCGUAGCGGUGAACUUGUCAAUCCUCCUCGGUUCAUGAUUGAUCCAUCGCAUGAGCAAGCGCUGGAUCGUGUGGUACGAUGGAUGAUCUCGCCCGAUCCGAACGACCGACCUCUGGCCUUGAAUCUGCUGAGCACUGAAGGAGUACGAUGGGCAGAGGCAAGACGACGAGCUGGAGCCACAGUUUUUGAAGGCAACUGGGGACCAGCAGAUGAGGUUCUUGCUGAGGAUGCUGAAAUGAUAGAUGUCUGA